AUGCGCGUCUUGGAAAUUCUUCUUGCGCCGGUGCUUCUUGUUCCAUGCCAUGCCUUUCGCACGAACGAUGCAACUGCUGCUGAGCAGGGAUUCAAAGGCGUGCCGAGCGAGUACGUAGUGUCGAAUUCCAAGUUAAUCGACAUCACCGGCUUCUUCAAGAGCAAGGUGUUGACUGUGGACAAUGUCGUCUACAGAUGUUGCAAAAGCGAUGCGGAUGGGCUUGGUGUCUUGAAGGCUGAGUCUGCUGAUAAUUUGAUCAAUUCCUGCUCUUCCCUUGUGGGCAGUGGUUUGACUUCCCUUGUGGGCAGUGGUUUCAAAUCCUUUGUCCACUUUCCGAAUCCGAAAUGCGUAGUGGCUUACAGUGCCUUGCCCUCCAAAGUGCUGCCACUGGUGGAUGGUUCCAACGCCAAAGUGGUGGGGGAGCUAAUCGACUUGAGUGAUGUUCUGAUGAAACGCAAGGGUGAAGUGACGUUGUCCAAUGGUCGGCAGGUGAGAUGUUGCACGGCCCAGGAUGCCCCAGCUUCAGUGCUGGCGGAACCUUCCAAGAAGGAAAACCUGCUGGAUGGCACUGCGUUUCAAGGGCUCCAUCGUCUUGGGAGCUUCAACAAGAAGAAAUGCAAGGGACUUCUGGGCAAGAAUUAUCAUUCCUGGGAGAAGUGGACCGGAAAUGGCUGCUUCGUAAUGUCUCAAGACAUUCCGUCCGAUAUUUUGGAGGUCCUCGGGUGGAACGAUGCAGCAGUGCAGGUGCCGCCGAUGCAGCCCGUGCAGCCGCUGCAGCCCGUGCAGCCGCUGCAGCCCGUGCAGCCGCUGCAGCCAGAGCAGCCGGUGCAGCCUGUGCGGCCCGUGCAGCCAGUGCAGCCAGUGCAGCCACUGCAGCCACUGCAGCCACAGCAACCAAUGCAGCCGGUGCCUGAGCCGGAACCGGAGCAGCCUGUGCCGCAGCCGGAGUUUGAGAGCUCGGAGCUGGCAUCUUGGCAGCUUACCGUGCGGGUGGUGAGCGCAACCACACAGCGGCCUAUUCCAGGAGUUGCUGUGCGCUUAUUGAAGGAAGACAGAUCCUCUCUCUCCAGCGGCACUUCUAACGACGUGGGCGUGGUCGUUUUCCAAGUUCCCGGCAGCGAGUUAAAGGUCGUGGUGGACAUCAAAGCGGAAGGUUACGGCCCGAAUGCACGACUUUACAAAUGGAAACAUCCCCAUGGAAGAAGAAGCGACUGUCCCGCAGAUGCAGGAUCGAGCGAACUCGUCGGCGUGGGGUUUAAUGUUACGUAUUUUUAUCCCCGGGAUUACUGGGAUUGGGUAGGGAUUGAAUGGGAUUUAAUUAUAUAG